AUGCUGCGUCAGGCACUUCGCAGAUUUGGUCAAAAGCUGGUAUGCAGACGUCCACUGGAGAAAAGAGUGUUUGAGUAUGAAACUGGCAUAAAACUGCACACUCUGGAUUUAGUGGCGCUGGGUGUGGGCCGCACAGUGGAUGUUGGUGUGUAUUUCCAGGCUAAUGAGGUGGCCAGUAAUCAAGCAGGACCAUCCAUUGUGAUGUGCUUUUUGGUGGCCAGCCUAACUUCAUUAUUGGCUGGGCUGUGCUAUGCAGAGUUUAGUGCCCGGGUUCCCCAUUCUGGCUCUGCAUAUCUCUACACCUAUGUCACUGUAGGCGAACUCGGGGCUUUCAUCACUGGCUGGAACCUCAUCCUCUCCUUUGUUGUUGAUGCAUUCGUUGUGGUCCAGGCCUGGACCUUGGCUUUUGGCAUUCUGAUUGGGAACCGGAUCUCUGAGACCCUGCAUGAGAGCAUCUCACAGAAUGUUCCCCAAGUCUUUGCAGACAAUCUAGGGUACUUUUUUUUGUCAUUUCUGCUUUUGUUCGUGGAAUUACGAUUUUUGGGUUGGCAUGUAUUCUCCAGAAUUUUGAAAGUGUUCACAUUGGUGAAGCUUUUGGUUCUCAGUUUUGUCAUCAUCUCUGGCUUCAUUAAGUGGGACCUACACAACUGGAACCUCACAGAAGAGGACUACGUACAGGCUGGACUCAAUGGCACUUCUCGCUUGGGCCUUCUGGGCUCUGGAGGAUUUAUGCCUUUUGGCUUCCAGGGGCUUCUCCGAGGAUCAGCUUCCUGUUUCUAUACAUUUAUAGGUUUCAGCAUUAUUGUUACCAGAGUCAAAGAAUCACACAAUCCCCAGCAUUCCAUCCCCAUGGCCAUUGUGGUUUCACUGCUCAUCUGCUUUUUGGUGUAUUUUGGUGUCUCAGCGGCACUUACACUCAUGGUGCCUUACUACCAGCUUCGACCUGGGAGCACCUUUCCUGAGAUAUUUCUCCAUAUUGGCUGGGUCCCUGCCUACUACGAUGUAGCUUUUGCAAUUUUCUGUAGUAUUUUCGUUGGCACCUUUUGAAGCUUUGCAUUCUCCAUACGUCUGGUGAUAUACAUGAUGGCACAGGAUGGUCUCCUGUUCCCUGUUUUUGCCAGGAUCUAUACUGGCACAUAUGGCCGCAUCGUGGUCACUGUGAUCUUUAUCAUUAUUGCAACAAUCAUGGUAUUCUUCUUUGGACUCACUGAUCUUCUGGACCUGAGGUCAAUUGGCACCCUGAUAUCUUAUUCCCUGGUAGCUUUUUGUGUUCUCAUUGUCAGGUAUCAGCCUGAGAGAACAGGAAAUGAAGCACAGGUGCAGGAGGAGAACAGACCUGCAGCAGAGAAGCUCACUCUACAGGGACUAUUUUUUCCAGGCAGCCCCACCCCCACUCCACUCUCUGGCCGGGUUGUCUAUGUUUGCUCCUCACUGCUUUCUCUGCUGCUGACUCUCCUCUGCCUGGUGCUGGCCCACUGGCCAGGUCUGCUUUCUGGAGACCCAGGUCCCAUCACAGUGGUCGUGCUGCUCCUGGUGCUCAUCACUGGGGUCACUGUGGUCAUCUGGAGACAGCCACAGAGCUCCACUCCCCUUUCCUUUAAGGUUCCAGCUCUGCCUCUCCUCCCACUUCUGAGCAUCUUUGUGAAUGUUUGCCUUAUGAUGCAGAUGACAGCUGGCAACUGGGCCCGACUUGGUGUCUGGAUGCUGCUUGGGUUUGCUAUCUACUUCAGCUAUGGGAUCCAGCAAAGCCUGGUCACUUAA